UGUAUAUAAAACAAUGUUUCAUCAAAUAUGUAUAUAAUAACAAUUAACAGCUAACCAUUCCUCUGAUAAUGCCGGUUAACAUCAGCUGUUUCUGCCUUGAUUUUCAUAGGAGAAAAGGAAUUCAUGCCAUAUUCUUUCCGCCAACCAUUUGAGAUUCCAAGAAUAUUAGUUUUAACCUUUUUCUCUUGGUGUUUCUAUUGUCAUAGAAUGGAAUAUAUUGAAGAAGAAAAGCAUAAAAUAAGAAAAGAAUUAUGAAAUGAAGGAAAGAGAAAGGCUAGAGAUAACAUACUACCAACCCCAUUGCCCAAAACUUCUGUUUCUUGUUAGUUUAACCUGAUUCUUGUUCAGCAAGUUCAGGUAAAGGAAAAUGGUGGAGGUAGAAACUAAUGGGAUUCAUCCGCCAUACAAGGCGAACGUGCCUGCUGCAGAAGACGUAAAUGAUUCACCAAUUGAGCAAGUCAGGCUUACAGUUCCAAUCACAGACGAUCCAAAAUUGCCAUGCUUGACAUUUCGAACGUGGGUUUUGGGGGUGAUUUCGUGUGCUCUUCUGGCAUUCCUGAAUCAAUUCUUUGUUUAUCGCCAGAAUCCACUAUACAUAUCAUCAGUUGCAGCUCAGAUUGCAGUCCUGCCAAUAGGGAAGUUUAUGGCAGCAUCAUUACCAAACAAAAUUAUUUACGUUCCAGGAACAAAAUGGUCAUUUUCAUUGAAUCCAGGGCCCUUCAACAUGAAAGAGCAUGUCCUGAUCACCAUAUUUGCCAAUUCAGGAUCAAAUCCUGUUUAUGCAGUGAAUAUUAUUACCAUUGUUAAGGCAUUCUAUCAUAAGGAUGUACAUCCACUAGCAGCUUUUCUGUUGUCACUAACCACCCAGAUGCUUGGAUAUGGUUGGGCUGGAGUUUUCAGAAAGUUUCUUGUUGAUUCACCUUACAUGUGGUGGCCAGCCAAUCUGGUUCAAGUUUCGCUCUUCCGGGCCUUGCAUGAUGAUGAGACUAGGCCUAAGAAAGGCCUAACAAGGCUGCAGUUCUUUGUUGUAGUCUUUGUAUCGAGCUUCGCAUACUAUAUCGUUCCUAACUAUCUGUUUCCAUCUAUAACUGCUCUCUCUUUUAUUUGUUGGAUAUGGAAAGAUUCCAUCACAGCCCAACAAAUUGGUUCUGGUCUUAAAGGACUUGGCAUUGGCUCAUUUGCCCUUGAUUGGUCAACCAUAUCUAGCUUCCUGGGAUCUCCCUUAGCCACUCCAGGAUUUGCUGUAAUCAAUUUGUUGGCUGGUUUUAUCAUCAUCCUCUACAUCAUGAUCCCUAUAGCUUACUGGACCGAUUCAUAUGGAGCCAAACGUUUCCCCAUUUUUUCGUCGCAUGUGUUCAAUGCAACCGGGCAGCCCUAUGAUGUUGAGCUAGUUCUGAAUUCCUCCUCUUUCUCAUUCAACGAAUCAACAUAUGAUGCCUACAGCAAAGUCCAUUUAAGCAUAUUCUUUGUUUAUGCAUAUGGUCUCAGCUUUGCUUUAUUGGCAGCCACAUUGUCUCAUGUUGCACUUUUCCAUGGAAGAGAAAUUUGGCAACAAACAAAAGCAACAUUCCAAGAUAAGUUUGGUGAUGUGCAUACAAGACUAAUGAAGAAAAAUUAUGAAAUUGUACCUCAGUGGUGGUUUUACACAGUGUUGAUUAUAAUAGUCGGACUUGCCAUGCUUGCUUGUGAAGGCUUUGGAAGACAGUUGCAGCUUCCUUACUGGGGUGUCCUGUUAUCAAUUAGCUUGGCUCUCUUCUUUACUCUUCCCAUUGGCGUUAUCCAAGCAACUACAAACCAGCAACCAGGACUAAAUGUUAUCACUGAACUUAUAAUUGGCUACAUGUAUCCGGGCAGACCACUAGCAAACGUGGCUUUUAAGACGUAUGGUUAUAUUAGCAUGUCACAGGCACUUAUGUUCCUUUCAGACUUCAAGCUGGGGCAUUACAUGAAAAUUCCACCUAAAUCCAUGUUUAUUGUGCAGCUAGUAGGAACUGUAAUUGCAUCCUCAGCUUAUUACGGCACGGCAUGGUGGCUUCUCAGUUCAAUAAAAAACAUCUGUGAUCCUGAAAAGUUGCCAACAGGAAGCCCCUGGACAUGUCCAGGAGAUGAUGUUUUCUACAAUGCCUCCAUCAUUUGGGGUGUUGUUGGGCCAUUAAGAAUGUUUGGCCGUCUUGGUCUAUACUCUAAGAUGAACUAUUUCUUUCUCAUUGGCCUCCUGGCGCCAAUGGCAGUGUGGCUUGUGUCACGCAUGUUCCCAGAGAAGAAGUGGAUAAAGCUCAUUAACAUACCUGUAAUCUUAAGCGGUACAGGGGCGAUGCCACCAGCUAGAGCUGUGAACUAUAUAAGCUGGUUUACUGUAGGAAUUUUUUUUAACUUCGUGGUGUAUAAGAGAUACAGGAUGUGGUGGGCUAGGCACAACUACAUUCUUUCAGCUGGGCUAGAUGCUGGGGUUGCUUUCCUGGCCAUUCUUUGCUAUUUCACUUUACAACUCAAGAAUAUAAAUGGACCAGAAUGGUGGGGUUUGCAGUUAGACGAUCACUGUCCUCUGGCCAAGUGUCCUACUGCUCCUGGCGUAGUAGCUGAGGGAUGUCCUGUUUUGUGAUACCAACAAGCAUCGUUUUGAGCUCUAAAUGCUCCAUCACUGCCAUUCUUCAACGAAGAGAGAAUCAUAUGUACAUGUAUAUGGUAGUGAAGUGUGACUUCCGUUUGCAUAGUUUACCUUCUCUUUGCAUAAUUUAAA